AUGUUUACCAAAGGUAUCCGGAGUGGGGCCACCACUAAAUCAGUCUUAUUGCGAACAAUCAGAAGAUGGAAUCACAUGGAAUCCUGUGUAGAGUUACCUAUGGAUAAGACAACACCUUUACCGAUUCCUGAUGAUGCAGUAAUAUUUAGUAUGAUUCAACCAACAGGUAUAAUCCAUUUAGGGAACUAUCUAGGAGCGAUCAAUACUUGGAAGCAGAUUAAUGAUAAGAAAAGACCUAAUCAAAAAAUUAUUUAUGGUAUUGCAGAUUUACAUGCACUUACAAUUCCUAAGAAAGAUUAUACUUUAGAAUUGAAAAAAAAUAGAAUGGAAGCCAUUGCUACGUUAUUAAGUUGUGGAAUUGAUCCACAUGUGAGUACAAUAAAUUUUCAAUCUAUGGUUGGUGGAUACCAUACAGAAUUGUUUUGGUAUUUAUCAUGUUUAGCCCCGCUAGGUUAUUUAAAUCGUAUGACCCAAUGGAAGGAUAAGAAAAAUGGAGAUCAAACAAAGGAAAGACUUGGUCUUUUUGCUUAUCCUGUAUUACAAGCUGCAGAUAUUAUGAUUUAUAAAGGUACACACGUACCAGUUGGUGAUGAUCAAAGUCAACAUUUAGAAUUAACAAGAUAUUUGAGUGAACGUUUCAAUGCGAUGUAUAAUGUUGAUUAUUUCCCAAGUGCAAAAACACUUUAUAGCAAGAGUAAAAAAAUUGCCAAUUUAUCUAAUCCCAAUAAAAAAAUGUCAAAGAGUAGCGAAGAUCGUUUAUCUAUGAUUUAUGUUACAGAUUCACCAGAGAGUAUUCGCGAAAAGAUUAAGAAGGCAAAGACAGAUUCUAUCAGUGAUCAUUUCUACUAUGACCCUGUAGGGAGACCCGGUGUCUCAAAUUUAUUAGAGAUGGUUAGUGGAUUUCAACAAAGGACAAUGCAAGAAGUUGAACAAGACGUUUCACAAUUCCAUGAUUAUCGUUCAUUGAAAGAUUAUGUCAGCGAUAUAAUAAUCGAAUCUCUAGCACCCAUCAGAUCAAAUUAUUCAAAAUAUACAAACGACAAGGCUUACCUUGAGAGUGUCAUUCAACAGGGUUACGAAUCCUCACAAGAAAUUGCACACAGGAAUCUAACUGAAAUCAAGAAGAUUAUCGGUCUGUCAAACGAUUUCUAA